CCUCAGAGCCUUUAUUCUUGUACAGCUGCAGCAGGCAGUGCCUUCAAAGUUUUUUUUGUGGAAGUCGAAGUGCUCAGCACAGCUCUUCUAUCUUUCAGGCUAAUUAUGUGCUGAUGAAUGAUGAUCUUCUACUGACUCAGCAGCCAGAGUAUGAUGUGAUCCUGUGCCUAAGUGUGACAAAGUGGGUUCACCUGAAUUGGGGAGACUGUGGACUCAAGAGGCUCUUUCAGAGAGUCUACAGACAUCUCCAUCCUGGAGGACUGUUCAUCCUGGAGCCACAGUCCUGGGAGUCAUACACCAGGAGGAAGAAACUGACUGACAAUAUUCGCAAGAAUUAUCACAGUAUUCACCUCAAACCUGAUCAGUUUACAGAAUACCUCAUUAAUGAGGUGGGCUUCACAAGUUUUCGGUGUCUUGAGGCCCCCAAGUGUUCAGUAAGAGGCUUCCAGAGGCCAAUCUACUUAUUUCACAAAUAAACACUUCUGCUUCAAGUGUGGUUAUGAGAAGCCUAAACCACCACCAUGACCAAUGUAUAAACAAUCCAGCCAGCUGCACCAGACUGCAAGGAAUCAUCUGAUUGCAAACAUUAUUGCAUCUUGAAGAC